AUGACCAAGGAACUUAAAACUGGCGAGCUUGUUUUGUGUAAAGUUGGCUCAUUUCCACCUUGGCCAGCUGUAGUGGUCCCUCAAAGGCUGCUGCGAAAAGAUGUUUACCGCAAGCGAAGACCCAAUUGCGCUGCGGUUUGCUUCUUCAAUGAUCCGACGUACUACUGGGAACAACCGCAAAGGCUAAACAAGCUCGAACCGACCGCAAUCGAAGAGUUCUUAACAGGAAAUUCAAAAGCCAAGAACCAGCAGGAGCUACUGGAAGCUUAUCGGCAGGCCCGGGAUUUUACCAAUCUGCAUGACUUCCUAGUAAACAGAGCAAAAGAAGAGAGUAGAUUCGAAGAGCUGAAGCGAGAAAUAGGAGAUGAGGAGAUAAUGGCCGGGGAGGAUCCCUUCCUGAGCAAAACGGACUCGAAAAAGCGGAAACAGUCGUCACCACCAGCAUCUGAUAAGCGCAAACGUACGAGAGACGAUGGAAACAACAGAGACGGGACCAUUCAUGACAGCAGCGAUGACAGCAAUGGAAGGCUGCGAGAACAGAAGCCAAACAGCAAGCGAAGCCAUACCGAGGACGAGAAGAAGAACAAGUUAGAUCUCGACCGAAGGAUCGAAAUAUGCAUGCUUUUCAGAAGAAGACUGCAGAAAAACCUGGUACAGAGAGACUCAUCGCCAACAGAUGACGAAAUCGCAGAGUCCCACAAGAUGCUACACAAGAUACAUGCAAACGUCGACAAUAAACCGCCGUUUUUCGACCUCGACGCCCUACGGCAAAGCAAGCUCCACAAGCUAUUGAAGGUUAUAGUCAACGACUCGGACCUUGAAGAGUUCCACCCCAUAUGCAAAAGCAUACUGAUGAAGUGGGCACAUUACAUUUCAGAAUUGAAAGCCGAGAAGGCAAAGACCGAGCAACGCAGUACCAGCUCUCCAGCCAGUGGGAUAUAG